AGAGCCACGUACUUUUCAACCCUUAUCUCUCGUCUUGUCUUUCUUUUCCUGAUUCAACUCUGACAAUUACACGUUCACUUGUACACAAUACACAUGUCAGGAUUCUGUUAUCGACACUAUAAGUGCCCAUUGAUUCUGGCACUGGUGAUUACUUCUACCCGACACCCGUAUCCGGCCCGGAAGCGUGAGGCCAGAGCAAAGAGUGCUGUCCGCCAGGGAGGGGAGAAAGAGAGGGGCUGGCUGGCUGCUAACUGCACGACGUAGUUGCUAGUGUGGUGUGAUAUAUGAGGUCUCCGCUUGUCAUUUGAUACGAGAUGAUAAGACAGUCUCACUAGGCGAUAUAUUUCUGAUAAAGCAGUCUUUAUGUGACCCCUGCUGUUGUUUUCUCUCUUUAACUGCAGUGGAAGCCACAAGCAACCCCCUUUCCGUAGAACUUGUUGCUAUUGUCGAUUAGUUUUUGAAGCGUUAUUUAAACCCGUACAGUUUAGUUACAUUGUUACUCUUUGUUUUUUGAUAGCUCGUCCUCGUUAACCCAAUAUAUGGUGCUCGAUUUCCUAGAAAGGUUAACUUUCGAUUGAAUAAUAUAAUAUUAAGUUACUCGUUGUUUUGGCAGCUGCUAAAGAAAUGGUCCCCACAUUCCGUCAUUCCUCGAUACCUCUCGAAACGUCUCGCUUUCCAGCUCUCGCUUUCUGCUUUUUAGUCACGAGCACUUUCUAGAAUUAUUGCCCAGCAACCACACUUGAGCUGCUGCCCGGCCGACACUCGAGAACAGUGUUCCCCAGAACUUUGUUACGACACAUAUUUUCACCGGCUGAUUUCAUUAGUCACUACCGUAGUGGGUUUGAGUGACUCCCCACUGUAGUCCUCCGUCAAGAACGCUCGGUAUUUAUUCCGUGUAAGGAUAACUCACUAAAGCAUAAGCGAUGACGAAAUUAACUGCUUGUAAAACCUUGCCAAAAACAGGCACCACAACAGGAGCAGUCAAACGCAAUAUGGCAUAGCAGCACACGCACCGUGCUACUAAUACUAUAUAGGGUGUGGUGGCUGACCAGUAUACUGCUCUGUUGACGUCAUCUUGGAGUUGAUGACGUGUUGAGAUUGAGACACACUCUAAUUCCCCGGUGAGAGAGUUGAUGACCUAGGUCCUUAUUAGGCGUACACCUCGUGUCCAGGACUCCCUUCUCCUGCUAUUUAGAUCAUCGGCUGCACAGUUCCUGAUACACUUUGCUGGCGUGUCCUUGAUUCUCUUUCUUCUCGUGUUGUGUGCUACUGCUCCUGUUUUCUACGUUGUCGUCGUUUGGAGUUGGUGUUGCGCAUUGUUACAUGUACUCGACUACAUGUAGUGUUACCUUGAUGCUCCGCUGCAGAUUUGUAUUGUGUAUAGUGAGACUAUUAAUUACCGAUGCUAGCUGUAGUAGUAGUAUUAGUAGUAUAUAAUAUGUAAAAUGAUUUGUAGUAAGCAACAUUAUCUACAAGGAGAUGGAUAGCGAGGGGAGUAACAGCCCACCUGGUUCGUUGUCCGGCCAACAACAACAGACCACGCCCCUAACAAGCUCUACACCUGCUCCCGUCUACACACAGUACACAACACAGAACACAACACAGAACUCACAGUACCCCCCACAGAACAACUCACAGAACUACACACCACAGAACAACAACUCACAACAACAACAACAGCCCUCUGUGUACUCCUCCAACUACUACAGCACGGUAGCUCCCUACUACACCAGCCCCCGGCUCUCCCCGGUCUCCAGCAGGAAGACGUCCCUGGAGUCCGCUCCACCAGUCCUCUGUCAGACCCCCACCAUCGUCCUGUCCUCGGUGGGGUGUAGAGAGGAAACCACCACUCCCCCCAACAAACAGGCACAACCUGGAACUGGAGCUGGCAGUGUGUGGAAAGAUUCAAUGUUCGUGUUGGUGGCAUACAAAACAGAGCCGUGUAAGCGGGCUGCCCGUCUGUGUCGCCAGGGAUACGCUUGUCCUAACUACCACAAUAACAAGGACAGAAGGAGGUCCCCCAAGAUCUGGAAAUAUAGGUCGACACCCUGUCCCUUGGUCAAGUCAAAUGACGAGUGGGGAGAUCCCUCAGUUUGUGAACACCAGGACAGUUGUGGUUACUGUCACACUCGUACCGAGCAGCAGUUUCACCCUGAGAUCUACAAGAGCACCAGAUGUAAGGACAUGCAGCAGUACUUGUUCUGUCCUCGUGGUCCUUUCUGCGCGUUCGCGCACGAUGACGACGAGGCCCAGAUCGUGUACGAUAUUUCAGAUACUCAAUACCCCGAUACCACAUCUCCCCCAACCUCAGUCAGCGGAAUAAUAGGAGACAAGCGGAGCAGGUCCUACACGCACACCGGUCUUGCGCUGGAGGCGCGCGCACGCUCCGGCAGUAACGACAGCAGAAUACGAUCCCUCUCCCUGAUAGACUCCCUCCAGAACAUGUCUGUAUCAGGCCAGCACCCUGUUCCUGUACACAAUGCUGCAGCACACGCUGUGGCUCACCCCAGUCCUGCCCUGCCUGAUAGCAGAAUGAGGUCUCAGAGCCAGGGAUCCGGAGAGAAUUCCAAUGGUAACCUCCUUCCAGACCCCAGAGAGUCCUCUCCUCGAGUGGCGGCACAAGUGUUGACUGAAGCGACCAAGGCAGUAACAUUGGCUGCUGUCCAGCAUCAACAACUAGCUGGCUUCGACUCUGAACACAACAAUUUCUACGGAAAUACCUCUCUACCGAGUGAGAUCAGCGGAGUGAACGGACAUUUCCCCGGUCAUAUCUCCGCCGGGCCCCAACACCCUGAGUACAACGCCUCUCACGCUAACUUCCCCGCUUCAGCAGAGCCACACAACACUGCUGAGUACAGCAUGAUGCUCAACGGUCUCAUCAACUCCUCCUCAGUUACUGAUCAGAGGAGGAUGAAGGCUGAACAAGCCGUCCUUAUCCAGCAGCACCAGCAACAAGAGCAACAAAGAGUCCUUGUGAACGAGUCACUGGAGACAUUAAAAGCAAUAAACAAGCUCACAACAUCCCUGGUAUUCAACGCUUCCAAGUUGCCACUUAACGUACUUGUCCACAUUAGACAGCAAUACACUCGCACCUUGGAGGAGAUCAACUCUAUGUUGGCGGUACGGAAACAGAUGGCCUGUAUAGUGUGUGUAGACAGGCCUAGAGACGCCCUGAUCCAUCCCUGCUCACACUACGUCUCCUGCCAGGAGUGUUUAAAGACUCACAAGUAUUGUCCAGCUUGUAACGAACUGAUCCAGCGAAUUUACAAUGUUUGUAUCUAGCACGGCCCAGUUCCCCUUGAUCUCUCAGAUCCUCUGAUCAAGUUUCGGUGUUCGGACGUGUGACGUCAUCGCAACUCGUGACGUCAUCUCGCACUCAAAACGUGUCGUCAUACAGCUCAACGCGUGAAUAUAGCACAAGAAAAGUCGUUUUAUGAAACAAACUUUAUAUUACUGUUAAAUGUUUGGAAAAUUCAAGAGUGACGAUUUUAAAAGAGAUCGUAUCGAUGAAAACUGUGAGAUUAAAACUUUCGAGUUUUUGGAUUAUUUAUUGUUUUUCUAUCGCAGAAAAGUUUUGAUAGCUUCUUUAUGCGCGGAGAUAUUUUUUGUAUAUUUAAUUUUGGUAGAUUUUUAGCUUUAAAGUUUAAACAUUAAGAACUGUUAAUAAUAAGGAGCUAUGUCAGUGACCAGGAUUGUGCUUGCAGCUUCUAGCUAGUAGCUUUAUGUGUUGUUAUACUGUUGAGGGAUCUAUGUUACUCGUAGCAAACAAAUUUAACUCCCCGCCCGUUAUUAUUGAUAUCUGGAUAUAGUUAGGCAUAUUGUACACUUAGAGAUCCAGGUAUAAAAUUAAUACAUCUUGUAGUUGUUAUUAUUUGGAUAACGAGUUCCAGUCGGCCCUGGCGGUUGUGAAAUCGAGAUGAAUUAUGAUAAAUUAGAUUUAGUCGUAUUACUGCAACUGAUUUAGUAUUAUUUUAGAUCACUCAAUAUACCCGUUUAAACUUUUGAGUAGGUCAUUUUGAUUCUCGUUAUCAACUUAUUGACGUUUAUUGUUUAAGAUCAUGUUUUUACCUAUAUGUGUUCCUUUUAGUUUUGUAAGCGUAUAAAUAAUAAUGCGGCAUGAUUCCUGAUAAGGUUUUUUUGUGGAAGAAAAUAAAAGAUAACGACUAAAAGUGAUUUGAGGGUUAUAAGAUUACUGCUGUUACGUGUUAGUAAGACCAAUAACUCUUUGGAGAGAGAGUUAGUUGAUGUGUGUUCCUUCAAUAAACCAAAUCUAUGUAACUGAAGAAGUCUGGUUCUGUUGAUGAUUCAGAGAACUGAUUUACUGCGCUUUUCUGAAAUUAGCAUCAGAUACCCUGAUCUUAAAGCAAGAGUUCUUUCAACUACAGCCGAUAUUUUGCCAAGUACUGAUGUACGUUGUACGUGUGGACUGAGCCACUUACCGCCUGGAAACUCGCUGUACCUCACCGAAUAUUCUACUUUAAUCAUCUACAACUUUACAAACUACUGAUAUAUACAGGGAAUAUUGCCUUCUGCUAUUUUCUUUAUAUUGCAUAUUGUGAUUAUAUUCGGAGUAGCCUGAAAAUUCAUACUUCAUGGACUUACAGUACAUACUUUAUGAGAUGUAUCUAUCACAGAGACAGUGAUUAAAAAUAUUGAUAUUGCUAUCUCUUUUCAUCUUGAAUAGGGUGAAUGUGUCGCUUUUUAUUGGAAAUUAUGUUGAUCAUACUUUAACUUAAGUUGUUUAGAAAAGUAGUAUCAAA